AUGAUUGACUUAUUUAUCAUUUAUUUAAUCUAUUUUUAAAACUUAUGUUUAUAAACUGCCUUAAGAGAGAUCUCUAUUGAAUUAAAUGACGAAUUUGAUUUAUUUAAGCUAUAAGUAUAGUAGGAUAACACUGUUUAAGACUAAAAUAAGAAUGAAAAUCAUUACCAUAUAUAAUAGCAGAUUGAUUUACGCUCUUUAUCUUAUCACAGAUAAUAGAUAAAUUGUUUGGUAAUCCUCUAAUUAACAUCACUCUCUAUUUAUUAACUUUAUUUUGUAAAUAUUGCUGAUAAAAGAUGUGGUAUAAGCGGAUUAUAUUCUUGUGAUAGGUAAACAGAAUAAAUAUAACACAACAUAUAAGCAAAUAUCACGUACUCUGAAUGCUCUAAUCUUAGAUGCAGUAAUUCUACCAAGGUUUAGAAAUUUAAUCCUAUUUCAUCUUCGUCACUCUUCUACUUAUUUGAGUCUGAUAAAAAUGUCACUUACAAACUAUGUAGGAAUAGAAUUUAAGGCUAUUAUCCAUUUGCUAAAAAGGUUCCUAUUGAUUAGAAAUGCAGACCAAAUUAGAAAUACUGCAGUUGGAAUCGCACUAUAAAUUGA